GAAGAGUCUAGAUGCAUCGUGAAAAUGUUUGGUAUAAUCGUGGCUGGGCGACUUGUUCAAACUGAUUUCCAUCAAAUUGGAGAAAAUCAAUUCUUAAUUACUGUGCCUGAUGCGGACAAUAUAAACCAUAUAGUAGUCUUUCUCACUGGCAUUAUACCAUUUCCAGAUGGCAUGGGAGGUGCAGUGUAUUUUAGUUGGCCAGAUGCAAAUGCACCACCCAAUUGGCAAUUUCUUGGGUAUGUUUCAAAUGCUAAACCAUCAGCCAUCUUCAAAAUUUUGAAUCUGAAAAAAAAUCACGAGUUUGAGAAUAGUAAUGUGGGAAUUUUCGGGAUCGGUAAGAUUUCGCAUGUCGCGCAGAUCGGUAUAUCGAUAGAACCUCUGGUCAUAAUCGAGCAGCAGGCAGCUACAGUUGCUGCCACAACCACUAAUACCUUUGUGGACUUCGUGCAGAAAAUGCUGACGAGUUUUGUGAAUUAUGUGACAAGUUUCACAGUGACACAAACGCAAAUGACACCAAAUCCUACAGAGAACUUCAUACCUUUAUCCACGUUACAAAGCUGGUAUGAGACUUUUGAGAGGCGGUUACAGCAGAAUCCAAAUUUCUGGAAAUCGUGAUUAUGGAGAUUGCAUGUAACAUGGAGCUCCUUUGCAUAGUAAAAUAUUUAUGUGUAUACACAUAUAUAUGUAUAUAUACACACAAAUUUUACAAUAAUGAUCAAGCAUGAUUCUGGUGUUUGAAUAUUGUUAUAAAAGAUACUGAAUUAUCAGUGUGAAUAAAAGUGAAUUUGUCGCUCUUAAUAAUGUCAAUAAACUAUGAUUUUGCAUAAGAAGUUAGGUUUGAUAUUGAUAUAUAUAUUCAAGCUGUACUUUCAAUAUAUUUCAGAGAAAAUAUAUUAAGAUAGCAUUAUCAUAUUUAUAUGUAUUCCAUUUACUUGGUCUUUGCCACUUUUUCUAUCAAUAUUUAAAUUUAAUUGU